AUGGUAGCAUCAUCAAAUGCUGAAGAAUCCUCUUUGGCGGUGAACUUGACAAACGAUGUAGAGAAAGCUUCGAAAACUUUGUUCAAGGCAUUUGAAAAGUCAUAUGCUAAUGACUACCUGAUGAAAAAGUUUUUCCAUAUCCCGAUUACUGAAAAAGUUUCAAGAGCAAGAAUAAAUGCAAUGAUACAUUACUACACGACGUGCUAUCAUGACCUUGAUGGUGAAAUUGCUGAGGCAAAUGACUUCGAUGCAGUCGCAAUAUGGAGCCGCCCUGGGUGCCACUUGCCCGCCACACUAUCUGACGACGAGUCCUUCAAUAAGAUUUUCUUUGACGAUUUGACUGAGAGGAAACAUGAAGUCAUGCCUGGGGGAAUGGACUAUUACUACCUUUAUGCCAUUGGGAAAGAUCCUAGGCAUCCCGAAAUUAGAGGUUCAGUCAGAAAAAUACUCGAAGAAUACAAACUUAAGGCAGACAAGGGCAAUUGCGCCCUUGCUCUCGAGGCUAUUUCGGAACAUGCAAGGUCUGUCUACGAAUAUUUCGGUUUCAGGACCUAUCUAGUGUUCCAGUUCGGGGUUGGAGAAGUGAACUCCAAAGGAGAACCAGACCCACAGGGGAAGGGGUUCACGGCCUAUUUGAUGCUUUACCACAAAGACGCGGAUACCAUCUUUCACGCCUGA